GUGAACACAUCGUGUACAGCAAGGAGGGAGAUGGAAAUCUGUCUGAGUUUUUUCCUUCUCUCAUCCACACUCAUUCUCUCAGCUGCUGAUUUCAGUGGUGACUCCGAUUAUGAAUACGACGAUGAACCUGAGAUCACAGCUGAUGACGGUACUAUGACCGGCAGUGUGAGAUUGGCGAACGGUGGAAGUCACUGUGCCGGGACAGUGGAGGUUCUUCAUAAUGGUCAGUGGGGAACAGUGUGUGAUAAUGGCUGGGAUAUGACAGAUGCUGCAGUGGUGUGUAGAGAGCUACACUGUGGGGAGCCUGUAAAUGUGUGGGAUGAGGCUUACUUUGGACCAGGAGCAGGACCAAUCUGGAUGGAUUAUGUGGACUGUAAUGGAUCAGAGUCAACACUGAAGAACUGUACAUCACGAGGGUGGGGUGUAAAUGUCUGUGAUCAUGGUCAAGAUGCUGGAGUCACCUGCUCAGACAGUGUGAGGUUGGUGAAUGGUGAAAGCCGCUGUGCUGGGAGAGUGGAGGUUCUUCAUGAUGGUCAGUGGGGAACAGUGUGUGGUCAUUCCUGGGAUAUGAGAGAAGCUGCAGUGGUGUGUAGACAGUUGCGCUGUGGGGAGCCUGUCGAUGUGUGGGAUGGGACUCACUUUGGACAAGGAUCAGGACCAAUCUGGAUGGAAUAUGUGGACUGUAAUGGAUCAGAGAUGACACUGAAGAACUGUAGAUCACGAGGGUGGGGAGAACAUAACUGUGAUCAUAGUCUCGAUGCUGGAGUCACCUGCUCAGACAGUCUGAGGUUGCUGAAUGGUGGAAGUCCCUGUGCUGGGAGAGUGGAGGUUCUUCAUAAUGGUCAGUGGGGAACAGUGUGUGGAGAUGACUGGGAUAUGGAUGAUGCUGCAGUGGUGUGUAGAGAGCUACACUGUGGGGAGCCUGUAAAUGUGUGGGGUGAGGCUUACUUUGGACCAGGAUCAGGACCAAUCUGGAUGGAUUAUGUGGACUGUAUUGGAUCAGAGUCAACACUGAAGCAAUGCGGCUCACUAGGGUGGGGUGUAAAUUUCUGUGGUCAUGGUGAAGAUGCUGGAGUCACCUGCUCAGGUCACAGAAUGCCGAGACUUUCUGCUGGUCCUCACCGGUGCUCUGGGAGAGUGGAGGUGCUUCAUGGAGGUUCCUGGUCCACAGUGUGUGAUGCUGACUUUGACCAGCAGGAUGCAGAGGUUGUGUGCAGAGAGCUGGGCUGUGGGAUUCCUGUGGAGAUGCUUGGAUCAGCUGCUUUUGGCCGAGGGAAGGGUCAGGUGUGGACAGAUUUGCUUCAGUGUAGAGGAAAGGAAUCUGGGAUUUACUUCUGUCCAACAUCAUCUUCACUCAAACACUCAACCUGCUCCCAUGACAACGAUGUGGGAUUAAUAUGUUCUGGUUAAGUAUCAUGAUUUAACUUCUGUUUAAAUAGAGACCACAAAUCUGUCAAUCAAACUUUAAGCUGCCUUUGUUAAUUUUCCUCUUUCACCAAGCUCUUGGCUGUUUGUUAAGCUUACACAGGGGCGCGGCUGGUGAACGGACCAGACUCCUGUUCUGGUCGAGUGGAGCUCCAGUACCUCAGUGAGUGGGGCACAGUUUGUGCUGUAAGCUGGGAUAGGAGAGCUGCAGAUGUUCUCUGUGCACAGCUGGAUUGUGGGAGUGCUGUGGCUGUGGUGGAGGUCAACUGGUUUGGGGAGGGGCAUGACCCCAUCUGGGCUGAUGUGUUUGAUUGUCAGGGGAAUGAGACACACCUCUCACAAUGUGGCAUCU